CGAAUGACAUGGACCUGAGACCUCUGUUAGCGAUCGUAUUCCUGCUCAUUUUCCCUUGCACUGAUUCGUUUGUCUUGAAGAAAGAAAAUGGAGACAAAGAUCCGUUGAAGCAGGAUGAUAAACCUGUGGAAGAAGAUAUCAGUGACAUCGCGAACAGAGAGUACGAGACAGAGCAUGGGCGCAUCAUCGCCGUGAACAUGGCCCACUUAAAAAGACGUGCAGCAAGGAUGAAACGAGAGAGUGUCUUCAAGGAAAUUGAAAUUAACAACGAAGAGAAACACCUUAAGCUUUAUCAAGGCGACAUUCAGCUCGAUCCCGAAUUGGAAGAAAUCCUUCAUAUUAAGCAGGGAAAGGUCAAGAGGAACGCAAUACGAGAGAAAAAGAGGCUUUGGGCUACAAGGAAAAUUCCUUAUUAUGUCCCCAGUGAAAUGGGUCACAUACUUCCAAAUCUUCAUAAAGCAAUGAAAGAAUUUCACGAUAAUACAUGUUUAAGAUUUGUUCCAUAUGACUAUAGUCAGCGAAACUACAUCAAAAUCGGUAAUGAUGACGGGUGCUCCAGUAUGGUUGGUGCGAGGUACCAUUCUAAAGGUGCGCAAGCUCUUUCGCUGGCGAAAGGAUGUGAAUUUGUGGGAACCAUAAUACAUGAGCUCAUGCAUGCCAUUGGUAAAGUAUAA